AUGUGGGCAGCCCAUCAGCUGACCCGCUUAAGAGAUUCCCAGUGCUUCCUGCAUCUCGUGGCUCCCCCUCGUCGUUGCUAUUCUAAGGGGACACAAUGGAAUUUUGAUGAAUACUGCGCCUCUCCGCCUCCCGUGACUUUCUCGCCUUCACCAACCCAUUCCGAACCUUAUGCUUCAGCUUCUCACCCCUUUUCUUGUCGAUUUCCCCCUCCAGGUUUGCCAGCUCACCCACCUGAAGUAUCUAAUGCUCAUAAGUAUGAUGCGAGCUUUGAUGAAUACUAUCCGUCCCCUACCUUUUCUCCUUUCCCUCACCCUCCCCGCCCAUUUAUAUACCUGGGAGUCAUCUUUCGGGGGCUCUUUUACGAUCUGAGAGUGCUCCAGUUUAACAUACAUGCAACAAAGUUUCUUAAUUCCCCUACGUUGUUCAAGAACCAAAAUCUCCCUCCUUCACCUCCUCUCAACGGUACUAGAUAUGGCCCUUCAAUGGCUGAUAAAAGUAUGUGUCCCAGCCGUGAUGGUGCAACGGUUGACAAGAUGUCUUUUGUCGGAAGGGAUGACAAAGGAAGACCUCCUGGGUUAAGAAUAUCAUCUGAAAGUUCAGCAAAUAUCUCCUAUUCCAGAAGCUCCGGCAGGUCUUUCCAUGAUGAUUUUGGUGAGCCUGAGUACACUUGUGCAUUCGAUGUGGCCGAAGAUGUUGUGACUGAUCCAGGUAGCAGAGCGGAUUUAUUCGAUAAAAGAAGACAUGCACAUGAGCCACUCCAGUCUGGUUCAUUUUUGCCAAUCAGAAAAUCUCAGGGUGCUGCUGUUGGAGCUCUCGUGGAUAUGUUGAAGAAAGCUCCUCCUCUUCACCAAGACGUCUCAAAUUUGGCAACAGCUUCACAAGCCUCUGGAUCUGAGACUUGGAGCAACAGCUUACAUGAGUAUUGCCAGACCCCUAAAUCCAUAUCGGCUCAGGAUGGCACUUCAAGUGUUGCAUCCUCUGCUUUUCUCACAUCCAAGACGACAGCUGAUGCUUUGGAAGAACUUAACGGUUAUAAGGAGAUGAAGAAUUUAUUGCUUUUCUCAAGGACGUACCAGUAG